CAACCAGAGGAGAAGACACAGGACGAGAUCGGUGAGGUCAUCAUCCUCGAGCAACUUCUACAAGUUCUACCACACGACAUUCGAACCUGGGUUCGAGAGCACGAGCCCAAGGACGGGCUUAUGGCGGCCAAGCUUGCGCUGCAGUACCAUAAUGCACGUAAAGGGGGCCCACCACGACCUGCAGCACCCGCUCCAAGGAGUCUCCGAGACACAAGGGACAUCAGAGAUACCCGAGAUGGUGGAGGUAACUCUGGGGGUUAUGUGUCUGGGAGGAGGGAGGUAAGGGAUUAUGCAGUUCGCUCUGAUGGGAGGGGUCUGACCUGUUUUUACUGCCGACAGCAGGGGCACAAGGCUUCAAUGUGUCCGCUACGUAAAUCCAAGCUCUCAGGUUACUGUUAUGUGCCCAGAGAGGGGGAUGGUGUUCAGAAUAGACAGACUGGGGAAGGGUCAGUCUUGGUACCUGUAAAAGUGAAUGGUAAAAGUCUUACUGCAAUGAUUGACACCGGCAGUUCCCUGUCGUUGAUCAGAAAAUGUAAUGUACCUGUUAAUGACAUUGAUUACGGUCACCAGACACUGAUCCAAUGUGUCCAUGGUGACCAGUCACAGCAGCCCACAGCUGAACUCACAGUGGAGAUUCAGGGUCAGAAAUACCUCCUCAAAGUUGGGGUAAUGGAGAAGCUACCUUUUGAGAUGAUUUUGGGGAGGGAUGUGCCUGUACUCUCUGAUCUGUUGGGAAGUGUGGGGGGUCAGCUAUAUGAGCAGUCAGUUUGCCAGUCUGAUGUUCAGGUGUCAUGUUCAGUUGUCACUCGUGCACAGGCCAAAGCUGGUUUACAACCUCUGCCUGACUUGUGUGAUAGUCUGUGUGAGGGGGGAAACAAAGGGCCCAGAAAGUCACGCCGCCAGCGGCGUCUUGAGAAGUAUGUGGGAACCCCUGUACCUGUUGCUGAUGUGUCUGGCACAGGAUCUUGUCAGCACAGGAUCUUGUCAGCACAGGAUCUUGUCAGCACAGGAUCUUGUCAGCACAGGAUCCAGCAGCACAGGAUCCAGCAGCACAGGAUCCAGCAGCACAGGAUCCUGCCAGCACAGGAUCCUGCCAGCACAGGAUCCUGCCAGCACAGGAUCCAGCACCUCUCAGUUUUGGACUGA